UGCAGCAAGCGGGAGCCGGCGAGGGAGCGCAUCCCCGGCAGCUGAGCUGCGGCCGGCCGUGACGGAGCAUCGCUCGCCCCAGCGCCUUUCGCCCCGGCUACCACCGUCGUUCAGGGUCCCGAGCAGCCGCAGGAUGAAGUGCCUCCUUCCGUUGUUCCUCGUCGGCGCCCUGCUCCCGGCUGGAGCCGGCGCCGCGCCCAGAGUGGUGAACAUCGGCGCUGUCCUCAGCACCAAGAAGACGGAGAACAUCUUCAGGGAGGCGGUGGCUCUGGCCAACCGCAAGCACGGCGCCCUGAGGAUCCAACUUAACGCCACGGCCGUCACACACAAGCCGAAUGCCAUACAGAUGGCACUGGCAGUAUGCGAGGAUCUCAUCAGCAGCCAGGUGUAUGCAAUAUUGGUGAGUCAUCCACCUGGCCCUAGUGACCACCUCACUCCAACACCAGUCUCCUACACUGCUGGCUUCUAUCGAAUCCCAGUGAUUGGCUUGACGACACGUAUGUCAAUAUAUUCUGACAAGAGUAUCCACCUCUCCUUCCUGCGCACUGUGCCCCCCUAUUCUCACCAAGCUCAGGUCUGGUUUGAGUUGAUGAGGCGCUUUCGGUGGGGUCACAUUAUUCUGGUGGUCAGCAAUGACCACGAGGGCCGAGCCGCACAGAAGAAGCUGGAGACCCUUCUGGAAGAAAAGGAGUCAAAGAAUAAAAAAAGGAACUUUGAAAACAAGGACCAACAUUCGUAUGACAGCAGGCGAGGACCAAAGGCUGAGAAGGUCCUGCAGUUUGAACCAGGCACCACAAACAUGACAUCAAUGCUGCUGGAAGCCAAGGAACUGGAAGCCAGAGUCAUCAUUCUGUCAGCCAGUGAAGACGACGCAGUGACAAUGUACAAGACUGCAACACUCCUCAACAUGACUGGGCCCGGUUAUGUCUGGCUUGUUGGAGAAAGAGAAAUAUCUGGGAGGGCUAUGCAACAUGUUCCAGAAGGUGUAAUUGGUUUGCAGCUCAUUAAUGGUAAAAAUGAAACAGCCCAUAUUAAUGACGCAGUGGGCAUUGUGGCUCAGUCCAUCCACGAGCUCUUUGAGAAAGAGAACAUUACCGACCCUCCCAAAGGCUGCGUGGGGAACACCAACAUCUGGAAGACUGGACCUCUCUUUAAAAGGGUCCUGCUGUCCACCAAGUACCACGAAGGGUACACUGGACAAGUGGAAUUUAACGAUGAAGGAGAUCGGAAGUUUUCUAAUUACAGCAUUGUGAAUGUGCAGAAGGGAAAGCUGGUGCAAAUCGGAGUUUACAACGGGACUAAUGUACUGCUGAAUGACAAGAAAAUCAUCUGGCCGGGCGGUGAACUGAACACACCUAAAGGGUUUCAGAUGUCAACAAAACUAAAGAUUGUCACUAUUUACCAAGAGCCUUUUGUGUAUGUGAAGCCAACGCUACCCGAUGGUACAUGUCAGGAGGAGUUCUCCAUUAAUGGGGAGCCCAUUAAGAAGGUGAUCUGCACAGGCCCGAACUCUACAGUACCGGGUCGGCCUAUCGUCCCUCAGUGCUGCUACGGGUUUUGUAUUGAUUUACUCAUCAAGCUUGCCAGCACCCCCGCACUGAACUUCACGUACGAGGUGCACCUAGUCCAUGACGGGAAGUUCGGGACACAGGAGAGAGUGAACAACAGCAACAGGAAGGAAUGGAACGGGAUGAUGGGGGAGCUGCUGAGUGGGCUUGGUGACAUGAUUGUUGCCCCUCUCACUAUCAAUAAUGAGCGAGCCCAGUACAUUGAAUUCUCCAAACCUUACAAGUACCAAGGACUCACCAUCUUGGUGAAGAAGGAAAUUCCCCGCAGUACACUGGACUCCUUCAUGCAGCCAUUCCAGAGCACGCUCUGGCUCCUGGUGGGGCUUUCUGUACACGUGGUGGCAGUGAUGCUUUACCUCUUAGACAGAUUCAGUCCUUUUGGGCGAUUUAAAGUGAACAGCGAGGAAGAAGAGGAGGAUGCUCUGACCCUGUCCUCGGCCAUGUGGUUCUCCUGGGGUGUGCUGCUAAACUCUGGAAUUGGAGAAGGGGCUCCAAGAAGCUUCUCCGCUCGAAUUCUGGGCAUGGUUUGGGCUGGAUUUGCUAUGAUAAUUGUUGCCUCUUACACUGCCAACCUGGCAGCUUUCCUGGUGUUGGACAGACCCGAGGAGAGAAUCACAGGAAUUAAUGAUCCUCGGCUGCGGAACCCCUCGGACAAGUUUAUCUACGCCACGGUGAAGCAGAGCUCGGUGGACAUCUACUUCCGGCGCCAGGUGGAGCUCAGCACCAUGUACCGGCACAUGGAGAAGCACAACUACGAGAAUGCAGCUGACGCCAUCCAGGCGGUGCGGGAUGGGAAACUGCACGCAUUCAUCUGGGACUCCGCAGUGUUAGAGUUCGAGGCUUCUCAGAAGUGCGACCUCAUCACCACAGGGGAGCUCUUCUUUCGGUCUGGGUUUGGUAUUGGGAUGAGAAAGGAUAGUCCAUGGAAACAAGCCGUGUCACUUGCCAUCCUGAGUUUCCAUGAGAAUGGCUUUAUGGAGGAUCUGGACAAGACAUGGGUCAGGUACCAGGAGUGUGACUCUCGCAGCAAUGCCCCAGCAACUCUCACCUUUGAAAACAUGGCAGGAGUCUUUAUGCUGGUUGCUGGAGGGAUUGUGGCAGGAAUAUUCCUGAUAUUCAUUGAGAUCGCCUACAAGCGUCACAAGGAUGCUCGGAGGAAACAGAUGCAGUUAGCCUUUGCUGCUGUCAAUGUGUGGAGAAAGAAUUUGCAGGAUAGAAAAAGUGGUAGCGCAGAGCCUGACCCUAAAAAGAAAGCAGCACCUUUUAGAUCGCUCACUUCAACACUGACCUCCAGCUUCAAGAGACGUAGGUCUUCCAAAGACACGCAAUACCAUCCUACUGACAUAAGUGGGCAACUGAACCUCUCAGACCCUUCUGUCAGCACUGUAGUGUGAAUCUGCCCAGAAUACUGAUGUUUUAAACCAGAAUGAAUUAAGCUACUCAAGAAUUAUUAUCCAACAGCACUAGACUUUAGAACACCAGCAGUACGCAGAUUGAAAGAAGAAUCAAAAGAUACAAUGGAAUCACAACAAAAUUGUCAGCAUCUUUUUCUGCAAAACUUCAAUGUUACUGAACCUUGUGUGGCCUGAUCAGAGGAAAGUUACUCAUUCUGUAGGUGUUUUAUUUACUUACCAAACUUCCAGUAUUAACCAUCCAUCAAACUUCUAUGAAUCAGUGAAGUUUCAGUAUUCCUCAUUGACUGUCAGUAUUAUUUGGAAGAAAUUGGACAGGUCAGUAGCUUAGUGUCAUAGUCCGUUACCUUGGGAGCAUACCAAAAUUCUGCCCAAGAGUAGUGGAAUGAUAGUGUCUGGCUGUUGGGCACAGAAGUAAAAUGACUUUGGUACACUUUUAAGUGUCUAGUAGGCAUCAAACCACAACAACAUAUUACCCAUAGGUCUGCAAAAAUGGUUCUUUACCUGACAGAGUUAAUCAGGGAGGACACAAAAACUGCAAGUAUGAAAGAGGAAAAGUAUGACACUAAUGCAGUAGGUGGUAUGUUUCUGAAAAGCUAAAGUGUAUAAUGAGCUGGAGGAGAAGAGAACAGACUUGUUGUGUUUUUAAUAGUUGUGCCAAAUCUACACAAAUUAAUUUUAAAGAGGGAAAAGCCAUAGUUUUGUGGGAACAAACUUUGAAUUCACACUAAUUCACUAGGUAUGUUUAGUAAGUAGACAUGAUGGGUAUAACUUCUUACUUUCUAACAAUUUGUAGAAAAUUCCAUGCCAAUGUAUCAUGAAAUGUACAUCAAAGGUGAAGUAAAACAAUAACAAAAUUUAAAAGUUAUAGUUCUGAAAAAAGACUUGAAAUGUAUUUUUUUGGAACAGUACAGCAGAGUUAUCUUUAGUGUUUGGUGAAUUACUAAUGAGGGACACAAUCUCAGCAGAUGAUUAAAGGGGAAUAAAUGGGGUAGAGGGAGAGGAGUUUGAUGAGGUAUUAAAAGUCUUUAAAGAGAUGAUUAUUUUCUUAAAAACAGCUAUUAACGCACAAAUAUUUCAUACAUAACUGCUUACCUAAUUAAAAAGGAAAUAUAUAAAAGCAAAUAGAAAAAGAAGUGUGAUUCAAAUUAUAAUUCUAGUUAUAAACAAAACUAUUACUAGCAUAGAACCGUUGAGCCAAAAAUUCCCUUUACUGUUAUUUCUGUGUAAGUUAAGAAAACCUCAAUAAUUAUGUCAAUUCCUUUGCUAAUAUUAAAAAUAGAAGAAACAACAAAAAAAACGUGUUCAGAUCCGUUCAUACAGUGGAGAAAAUGGAAACACCCAAAAAGUGCCACUGACCGUUGGCACUUCAUCCACUCAUAGCAGUUUGAAAACAUGACAAUGGAAGUGCAGUGCUAUUUCAAGAAAGAUAUAAAUAAACCAAUAUUUUUAUUUUAACAAGAAAGCCAGCGUACUCCAGUUUAAACAGGCAUUAUAUGUCUGGGAGCAAACUCAAAAAAUGCUACCUUAAUCAGUUUUCUAUCCAUUGUUUUACCAACUCAGUGGACAAAUUAAGGAUCUGAACAUAUACUCAGUCUGUGUUGUCUGUAUGAGACUUCCUUUCAAUAUGCCACCAGUGUAAAGCAAUGUAACUGUAUUGGGAAGAUUUUGGUCUCUUCACCGCUAUGUUUGUUCCCAAAGAGGGGAAUCUGUGGCUGGAAAAUUCAGUGAAAUUUUCUGCUGAUCAUUGUGUGCCAGUUUUCUAGGCCACCCAAGUGUAACAGGUGGAGAGGAAGGGAUACUGAGAUCUUUUACCUUAAGCAUUCAUAUACUGUAUUUAAAGUUGCACAACAUAAUUUCAUUAGAUUUUUACUAUAAUUUCCAAAUCUAUGCACUCAGUUAAUAUAAUUUCCCAGAAUUAUUCAUCAUCUGUAACAACAGAAGGCAGAAAAAGGUUUCAGACACUAAUUACACAGUUCUGAAAUAUAGAGUCAGCCCCUAUUUAGUCAGCCCAUCCUUUUCCCAUGUGGAGUAAAAUCUUAGAAUCAUAGUCUGGAAGGACAGAUCCGCAGCUAAAGAUUUAGCCCAGAUGGCAUAUUUAGCAUGAUGGCAGUGAUAACAGACAUCCAAGAUCUCCAAUCUUUCUCCUUAAUGUGUCAAUUAUUUUACGGGUCCAGUUACAUCCAUGGACUAGGCUGCCAAAAUGCUCCAAUGACUUGAUAAAGAUAUUCAGAAUUAUGAGGGAUCUAGUUUUUACACUGAAUUAUUGUCAUCGAUAUAAAGCUAAAGACCCAGAAUAACAUGAGAAAACUCUUUUGAUCCGAAACUCCCAGCUGGAAUGGGUGGUGAAAAAAGAGAACUGGAUUGGUACUUUAGGGAAGAAAAUAUGGAGAAUGAGCUGGCAUUCUUUGGGAUGCAACAUCAUGCUUUCAAGCUUUGUAAACGAAAACAUCCCACACUAACUUAAUUACCAUAGUCUUCAUGCACUGCAAAAACUUAUUGCAACUUUUUUCUAAACAAAUUUUAUGUGCACAACUUUAUACAUCAAAGUUAUUAAAAAUUAUGACUCAAAGAGUAGACAGGAUAUGAGGUACAAAUAUUGAUACACCUUGCCCAAGAAUAUGUAUGCAAUUAAACAGAACAAGUUAUACAGAUUGCACUUCGUUACUUGAAGAGCUACACACAUUAACAAAUGCAAUCCUAUACACACUGCAUAUUUCUUCUCAACUGCACUGCCCAGUAAGCUGCUGAAACUAUAAAUCUUGUUUCUUCUCAAACAUAAUUAAUAAUUAGUUCAGAUCUGUGCCUGGGAGAGGAAUGUAUAGAGAGAUACUUCGGGCUCUAUAUAUGGGACUAAAAUCUCUUGGGUGUUCCUACAUGAUGAACUGCCAAAAUAUUUAUGAAUAGAAAUUUAUUAUCGCAGUUUUGAAUGCUGAUGAAUAGAGAUCCAUUGAAUAAUUUUAUAUAUUUGAUUUGAAAAAUACUAAUUUAUGAUUGUAAGUCAACACUGCAGAUUUAUUAUCAUACAUGCUUUGGGAAAUUCUUGUAGUGCACUUAACCUCACUGUUGCAGGACAUUGUAAAGGAUUCAGCCUGUAUUAUUCCCUGUGCAGUGGAUAACGUGUAAUAAAAACAGAAAAUGAUGGAAGAUCUCAGCAGCCCAGGAAACAUCUAUGGAAUGCUAAACAGGAUUAAUGUUUCAGGUCAAUGAACUUUUAUCGGAACUAGGAAGUAAGUUUAAAUUUGCAGAGAGGGAGAGGGGUUGCUAGAACGAAAGGUAAGCUUAGUCGUAGGGUGGAAACUAAGGAGAGGUUGAAGGACAUAAUUGUGAUGGUGCACAUACAGAGAGGAUGGCAAAAGUACAUCUUGGAGAGGUUUAACUAGGAGCAGAUAAAUGAAAUCUGAAAUAUCGGAGGAGGGAGGGGAAAAUACUGAAUACCAGAAAUGUGAGAUAUCCAUCUGCAAUGGCUGAUCAUAUGGAAUUGUUGUUCAGUAUUAAUUCCUGGAAGCUCCUAUGUGAUGUUGGAAGAUGGUUUCCCAAGCUUACACUGAGCUUCAUUAGAAAGUUUUGAAGUCAAGUUACUUUGAUCUGAAUACAACUUCAAGGACUCCCACAGUCAAUUUGACCAGAUUUCCUCUCAAUCUGCUUCCAGCAAGAAACGUGUUUCUAUGUCUCCAUUGCAUCAGUUGUGACUGUUGUGUCACCUUUCACUCCAAUGGUUCCAAUACGGCUUUCACCUCAGCAAUAGUAUACAAGACUCUCAGGCAUGUCUCUUCCAGCUCAAAGAACAGAUGCCCCUCUUGCAAUUUACAACAGGCACCCUCUUCCAGUUGGCAUCACCACCUGUCUCCACCCAAUAACACAGGCUCCUUUUUUGUUGCGUCUCCCUCCCUCCUCAUUCUUUGUAACAAAACUACAAAAUUUGUUUCAUUUCUAACUCUGCCUAGUUCUGAUGAAAGAUCAUUAGCCAUUAGCCUUUUCUGAAAUCCACAGAUGCUGCCUGAUCUGAAGAGCAUUUCCAUUAUUUUAUUAGUAUUUCAGAUUUCCAGCACCUCCAGUAUUUUGUCUAUGAGUAAUGUUUAGUGCCUAAGAUAGUUUAUGUAAAUUCUUACAAAUUUGUUUUUGAACUGGUUAUAGAUACUGCAUGCUAUUGAAAAUACACACUUUUUUCAACAAUUCUGAAAUAAUAAAAUAAUUUUAA